AGCAAACCAUAGUAUGACACUAGUGUUAUGCAUAUCCCUCAUUAGUAGAUCCCACGGUUCAUAUCGAAGGCCAUCACCUAAUCCAAUGGUCAAAACGACAACCGCAUUCAUCAUCCCAACAUAAAUCAUCUUCUUAGACCCUUGCCGCGACCUCUCUUUCUCUUUCUUUAAAAAUCCAGAUUCAACUUCUCUCUCCCUCACGCACAAUUUUUUUUUUCUUUAUUUAUUUUUGGUUUUGGCUUUUCAUUUCUGAAUCUGCCAUAGUCAUUACUAGAACGGAACAAAAAAAAAAGUGAUAACAAUUAUACAAGAAGAUGCAAUCAUCGAACGGCUCUGAUUCGCAACCAACGGAGCAGAAUCAGCAACGGCAACAGCAAACGCCACCGCAGCCAGUGGCACUGCCGCAGCAGUGGAUGCCGAUGCAAUACCCAGCGGCGGCCAUGGUAAUGCAGCAUCACAUGUUGCCGCCUCAACAUUACGCGCCGCCGCCACCGCAGCCCUACCUGCCUUACCACCAAUACCAGCAGCAGGUGCCGCACGUGCCUCAUCAGCAUCAGGGAUCCAGCGCCGAGAACAAGACGAUUUGGGUCGGCGAUUUGCAUCAUUGGAUGGAUGAAAAUUAUCUCCACCGCUGUUUCGCUUCCACCGGCGAGAUUUCCUCCAUUAAGGUUAUUCGCAAUAAGCAGACUGGUCUAUCAGAGGGUUAUGGAUUUGUGGAAUUCUAUUCACAUGGGACAGCUGAGAAAGUCUUACAGAAUUUUGCUGGAAUUGUGAUGCCUAACACGGAGCAACCUUUCCGCCUGAACUGGGCUACAUUUAGCACAGGAGACAAGCGUUCAGAUAAUGUUCCUGAUCUUUCUAUUUUUGUAGGAGAUUUAGCUGCAGAUGUUACGGAUAGCAUGUUGCAUGAAACUUUUUCUAGUAGAUACCCUUCUGUUAAAGCUGCAAAAGUUGUUUUUGAUGCCAAUACUGGCCGUUCAAAGGGUUAUGGUUUCGUCAGGUUUGGAGAUGAUAAUGAGAGGUCUCAGGCUAUGACUGAAAUGAAUGGUGUGUACUGCUCUAGCAGGCCCAUGCGUAUCGGUGCUGCAACUCCUAGGAAAUCGUCUGGCUAUCAACAAGGAGGCCAGUCAAAUGGCACAUCCAGCCAAUCUGAAGCUGAUUCUACAAACACAACUAUAUUUGUUGGAGGACUUGACCCUAAUGUUUCAGCUGAAGAUCUUAGGCAGCCAUUUUCCCAGUAUGGUGAGAUAGUGUCUGUUAAGAUACCAGUUGGAAAAGGAUGUGGUUUUGUACAAUUUGCAAACAGAAAUAAUGCUGAAGAGGCGUUGCAAAAGUUAAAUGGUACAAUGAUUGGCAAGCAAACAGUUCGUCUUUCUUGGGGUCGCAAUCCAGCAAAUAAGCAGCAGCUUAGAAUGGACUUCGGCAAUCCUUGGAGUGGAGCGUAUUAUGGUGGGCCUGUUUAUGAUGGUUAUGGAUAUGCUUUGCCACCUUCUCAUGACCCGAGCAUAUAUGCUGCUGCUGCUUAUGGGGCUUACCCUGUUUAUGGAGGCCACCAACAACAAGUAAGCUGAAUGAGGUGCAGUGCAGGAGUAGCAGCUAUCACAACAGCAGCACGCCUUGAACGAGCAAAUUGACUUCUUUCCCUUGUAACUUGCAUGAUCUGUUGAAUUCUGAAGAUUCCCUCCUAAUUGUGGAGUGGAGUUGAAUUUUGACAACCUGGGGUAGCACUGUAGAAAUUCAAUUUAUCAUUCGUUUAGACUCGUAGGAGAAAUGAGUAACUUAAAACUUGUUCACUGAAAUAAUUAUAUUAAGUAUGC